GUUGUGUCAAAGUGCGCAAAACGGGAAGAGGCAAACAGGCCGAGUCGGAUUUUCGCUCCCCCAAACAGUUCCCAAACGCGGCACAGUGCUGGUGCUGGGCCAGUGUAAAUUGAAACCGCCACGAGCGAACCCACAAAGUGCUGCUGAUUGUUUGUGUGCGAGUGCCGAGUGUGUCGGUCUGCAGUACGCAGCUCCCUCUUUCCCAGUCCGUGCAGAAGCGUGCGUGCGUGCACUGAGCGUUGUGACAAAAACAAAACAAAACAAACCAAAGCACACACACGCACACGGGCACACAUUCGCUCCAGCCCUGUUUUUCUCUUUAGCUUCACUCGCACUGUACGCGCGUGAGUGUGUGUUGGUGCUUAUUUUUAUCAAUCGAUUUACAGAGGAGAUUCGCUGACCCCUGCCGUGCUGUGCUUCCCGGGUGUGUACACACGCACACACUCCUCGUGCGUUGGUUUUUUUUGCACACACAUACGCGUCCUUGGCAAAACGAAAAAGGGCAAGAAGCCUCAGUGGUGGUGGUGGUGGUGGUGUGCAUCAGUGUGUUUGUGUGUGUCUGUGUGUGUGUGUGUGGAUACGAAGAGCUCGACCCGUGUGAUAUGGUUUUGCGGAUGCUGGAAUGCACAGCAGCACGCACAUAAAUCUCCCAGGAGAAACAUAGGCGAAUAAUCAGCAACCAUCAGAAGCACACACACACACACACACAUACGCAGGAACAUUCCUCGUCCAGCAAUCAGAUGAGCUAAGCUCAGCAGCAGUUGAAGAAAGAAAGCAAGCAACAACAACAACAACAACAACAAAGUGAGGAAAAGGGUGGACGAACUGUUGGAAUUUUAGGACCAGCGGCAGGCAGCAAUCACCAAUCAACCCUCAUCGGGGCUCGGGAAGGUCGGGAAGGUCCAUCGAACUUUUUGCCCCAACUCCAGCACUCUCCCAUCCGACCCCCUCACCCCAAACAAACCCCCAUCACCACCAAGAAAAAAAGGAGCAAACAUGGUAGACAGCAUGUCGCAGGAUGCUGAGUCGUUCGAGAUGCUGAAAGCGCUGUACGACUUUACCGCCGUCUACCCGAAGACGAUCAGCUUCGACGAGGGCGAAUACUUCAUCCUGCAUCAGACGAGCGCCCGGCAGCGGAACUGGUGGCAGGUGGUCAGCAUGAAGGGCAACAUCGGGUUCGUCCCGUCGAACUACGUGAUGAAGCUGAAGGUCAAUCCACUCUUUCUAAACGGCUUUCUCGAAUCCAGCAUAGAAUCGUUGCGGCUGUCGACGGAGAAGGAAAUAAACGGCAUCAUCGGACGGGAGGAACUGAUCAGCCGGCUGGUGGAGAAGAAGCGCAUGCUGGAAAAAAUGCUCAAGUACGAGCUGACGGAUAGUGAAUCGGAACCGCCCUCGCCGAUCAAGAUGAGCAACGGGCACCUGAAGCAGCAGCAGCAGCACGACGGCUCGAGCGAACGCACGGCACCGCUGAAGAACGGUCCCCAGCGACACUCGCCGCCUGCACCGUCUGAGCAGCAGCAGCAGCAGCAGCCGGUGAUGAUGCAGACGGCAAAGAAAUCGAAAUCGAGCCCGGCCGUCGGUGGCCAGGUACCGCCCCAGUUCAUCCAGGAAAGUCCCAGCACGGGCGUGCUGGCGACGAAGCACAGCGGCGGCCCGGCACAGGCCGAGGAGCAGCAGCAGCAGCAGGCACCGGUGGUCGUCGCCGUAGCCGCCGCAGCCAGCCAGGAACCGAGCAGCACCCUGUCCGAGCUGUCGUCCGUGUCGUCCGAGCAGACGGAGCCGACGAGCAACAACACCGCCACGACCGGCACGCUCACGACGACGAGCGACGAGAUAACGGCCAUCUCGCGCAUCGACGAUCGGGGCGGGGCGGGCGAGGAACCGUCGCUGGGUGCCGGUGCCCCGACCGAGGCCGAAAACCAGACCGAUCACGAGCUGAACGAGCUGGAGACGACCAACAACGACGACGUGACGGUGAGCGAGACCGAACCGCAGCCGGUUUCGGUGCGGGAGCCGCCGCACGAUGAACCGCCGCAGGAGGAGGACGAACCGGUCGGGCCGGCUGAGGGAGCGGCUGGUGGCGGCAGUGUGACGACCGGCGGGGACGAUGGUACGCUCGCGAGCGACACGGAGCGCGAGGCCGGCUCGGGCGCCGAGUGUGGCGAGAGCAGCGUGGCGACCGGCGACGAGCCGGCCGAGCCGGCGGAAGAUCUGGCCAAGCAGCCGCCGGCCAGGGUGGAAGCGGCCGAGGUGUACCAGAUAGUGGACGCGAUACGCAAGGCCACCCGGCUCAGCCACGAGCUGUCCUGCGUCGCGCUGCGCGUGGUGCUGGCCGAGCUGGAGGUGCUGCUGCCGCCGGCCGUCGUCCGCCAUCUCGAGCCGGUCGCCGUCCAUCUGGCCGCCCCGUUCGACGUGCCGGACGGGCUGCUGAGCAAGACGCACGAUGCGCACCGGCUGCGGCUGAUCUUUGCCGAGCUGUCCGACUGCAAGAACGACUCGGAGCAGCGCACGUGGAUGCUGCACGAGGACGAGGCCGACAUCCGGCAGUACCUGGCCGAGCUGAUCCGCAUCCUCACCGACGCCGAUCCGAAGAUCUGCCGCAGCGAGAUGGCGUGCGACCAGUACCAGAGCAUCAUCAACCUGGUGCUGUACUACCAGAUGGAGACGCGCUGGUCGAUCCGGAAGCUGCUGCUGGCCGCGUUCCGCGCGAUGUGCCAUCUCGACUACACGACCGUCGACAUACUGCUCGGCUCGGUGCUGCCGCUCGAGCUCGUGCAGGACAUGGUGUCGAACCCGCGCAACAUCGAGAAGCUGCAGGAGCUGGCGAACAUGCUCAUCAUCAUCUUCUCGAUCGGGCGCCGGAUGCCGAUCAAUCAGCAAGAUCACCUGCGGGCAGAUUUCAUCAUCUUUCUGCUGAACAUUAUCGAAACGCCGCCGGAGAGCGACGUCCAGGAGGUGCUGCCCGACAUCAUGAUCAACCUGAUCCUGUCGUUCAACCUGCAGUUUGACAACUUUGCCGAGAACGUGGUGCUGGAGGCGAUGGAGCAGUUCAAGACGGCCAAAACCUUUACCGAGAAGAUACUGCUGCUGAUCAACCGGGAGGAGGACCCAGUGCACACGCUGAAGCACACGCCGAUGAACAUCAACCCGGUGCUGAAGAUGCUGGUCGAUCUGUUCAGCCGCCCGGAGACGGCGUCCAUCUUCUACACCAACGACAACAAGGUGCUGAUCGACAUACUCGUGCGCCAGCUGUCCGAUCUGUCCGCCGGCGAGCCGAUUCGCAAAUGGUACCUGGAGCUGUGCCGGAAGAUCCUGCGCAACACCAACUAUCCCGAGCACCAGCACCGCAAGCAGGACCUGAUGAAGAUCUUCACCCGCAUCUUCUGCGAGGAGACGGAGUGCAGCGCCAGCGACCAGCAGAUUGUGCGCGAAAUAGCGAACGAGUUUCCGCAAAUCUUCAAAGCGUGAAGCGGUUGGCUGCUGCGGUGCUGCUGCGGUGCAGCGAGUUUGUUUUCGGGCGCGAUGUCCUGCGCCGGUUCGAAUGAUAUAUUUAUUAUUGUUAAGCGUUAAGCAGACAUUAUAACACGAUGCGUACAAAACGGAACCCUUUGAUCUGAGACAGAAAGAUUCUCGCCACACAUGAAGGAGAAGGAUGGCAAAAUAUUGAACGUUAGUGGUUUUUGUUUUGUGAUGUAGUAGCUAUGAUUUUACGGCCGAUCGUCCCUUCCUGUUAUGCUAGUCAAUCCGGGCUUCUUUCACCUUCCCGCCACCCUAUUGCCCCACUCCUCCCAUCACACAUUCCCCAUCCAGCUCUACCAGGACAUGUUUACUAAUUAGGGCCUGCUAUGCCUGGUGCCGUCUUUCACGCUUGCCUGCUCCAAAAGCAGAGCGAGAGAGAUUAGGCAACAAACAACGAGGGACAGGCAAGCAGCAAACAAUAGUCUGUUAAACAAAAAAAUCGUUCGUUAACUACCUUCCCUGUUAAAUGCUUACAUCAAAGAGUUCUUUUUUAAGGCUACAUUUUUAACCAAACAAGAAAGAGAGAGAGAGGGAGGUCGAGCAUUUAGUGUUGACUCGUGCCCAAACUACUGAAAAGCCAAAAAAAAAAAAAAGAGAGAGAGAGAGAGAUGGAGAGAACAAACGUCGUUUGAAGAAUGAAAUAUCCGCAAAACUAUUUAUUAUUACGAUGUAACCAAACUCUUAGCUAAGCGAAAUGAGUCUGAAAACGUUUUACGGAACGAGGCAGCACACACACACACACACACACACACACACACACACACACACACACACACACACACACACAUACACAAUACGGUAGUAUAUUUUGUUAAACCAUGAACGCGGCGGUAGGGCAAGGUCGCUGAAAGAGCAAUCUAACCAAUCCAAACCAAUACAUUCAGCCGCCCAGCCAGUGCGUGUGCUGUGUGGUAGUGAUUUGCUUUAAAAAAAAACGUGCACUGCAAGCUGCUACUUGUCAGCGGGGACACGCGGUUGUUUAUUUGUUUGAUAGACCAGUGUUUCGGCCAGUUGUUCCCAUUGCCAUUGACGCGAUCUCUGUUUUCUCGCAAUCGUACGCGAAGCGAAAUGUAACUCAAACAACAACAAGAAACCCCAUAGACAUUUACACACACACACACACACACUCACUGGCACAGAGUAGUUGUAGUACGAGUUAUAAAUAUCGCUACAGAAGGAUUAUUAUAAAAUAUGCUCCAUCCUUCUCACACCCUGGUGGCGCCCGAACAGUGCAAUUUCUUCCCCACUUUCUGCGAUAUUGUUAACCGACACGAUAUAGAGAUGUGUGUGUGUGUGUGUGGGUGCGUGUUAAUCAGAACCCCGUAAAAGGGCGACCGUACAGCCGCUUACGUAGAAUGCAUUUAACCGAGGACACAGUUAGGGUAGAGGUACAGAGGCAAGACAAAAGGAGAAAGAGAAGAACACGCACAGGCAUUUUCUAACAAACAAAUUUAUCAAAUUGCCUGUUAAGAAGUGAAAAUGAUGUAAGCCAUAUGUGUGUGUGUGUGUGUGUGUGUGUGUGUGUGUGUGUGUGUGUGUGUGUGUGUAUGUGUUACAUUUCCCCCAAUCGAAGCAAUGAACUCUAUUGCGCAAAGAUCGCUUACUGUUGCGAGGAGCUUUAAAGAAUGACGGCUGAGAUUGGCAUUCUUGCCGCGCGGCCCGCCAGAUUGUUAUAAGCUUUAUAUUUCCCAAAUUGGCCUUUGGAGUGUGUUGGCGGUUGCAUUUUUUUUUUUUUUAAACUUUGCCUCGGAACAACGGACAGUCCAAAGAUUACGUUGUAAGCCAUCAUUAUAGAGCGAAUAAGCGUUAGUUAAUUAUGUGAUACAGCACUACUUUUACCUUCUGUGUAACGGCCCGUUUCGACCUAGUCUUAGCCAUCAAAGCAACCUCAUUUACACACACGCGCGCGCGCGCGCUCUCUCUCUCUCUAUUAUAAUUAUGCAUUCGGUAGAGUUAAACGUAUAACGCUUACACAGGCUAGGCUCAGGACAGAACACAAUGAAAUGCAUUAGUCAAACCCCAAAAUGUGCCAAUUAACCAACACCGAACCGUUCAUCAUACCAGGACGAGCAACCCCCUCUCCCUUCGUUGAGCUACGAACCUGCUACGAGCAGCUCAAAGCCGGCGAUAUAUGAAGUGUAAUAAGUCCACGCAUUACUACAUUUUAGCAAGUACAGUACACGGCUUAGUGUGUAGGAUUGUUUUUUUUAAACGAAUAAUUUAUAACGCUUUUAAACAUUAUCGAUCGUUCGCGUUGUUCCGAUGCAGAGAGGCAUUUAAAAACGUGAAGUUGGAAAUAGAGAUAAAGAGAAGGAGAAAGAGAGAGAGAGAGAGAGAGAGAGAGAGAGAGAUAAAGAGAGAGAGAUAGAGAGAGAGAGAGAGAGAGAGAGAGAGAGAGAGAGGAAAAGAACGAACGCAAGUUAAUAUUCUAAAUCACUGGCAAACGAAGCUGGAAUACCGCAGAGAAAGAGAGAGAGAGAGAGAAACGAAACACACACAAAUAAGUUAAUUAGUUAAGUAAAAUUACCUUACCGCUGACUGUUCGUUUUUUUUUAAAUACAUGCACACACACACACACCUUCCAAAGUAUGUAAAGGAUGCCAAAUGAAAUGAACAGCAGCAAACAAAGCGAAAAAAGACGCCGUUCCGUAGUGAAAAACACAUACACACACACCCAAUAAGCAAACAAACAAUACGCUAAAUAGUAGUGUGUGCAGUGUUGUGUUUAAGGAAAAAAAAACAACAACAAAAAAGUAUAGUAGCCCCCCGCAAUAACAUGCAAAGCCAAGCAGAGAAGAAAAACAAAAACAAAUAAUUAAAGAAAAAAAAA